AUGCGCAUUCUGAUGGUUGGGUUGGACGCAGCAGGCAAGACGACCAUUCUCUACAAGCUCAAGCUGGGCGAAAACGUCACCACCAUUCCCACCAUCGGCUUCAACGUGGAGACAGUGGAGUAUAAGAACAUCAGCUUCACUGUGUGGGACGUGGGGGGCCAGGACAGGAUUCGUCCUCUGUGGAAGCACUAUUUUCAGCACACCAAUGGGCUCAUCUUUGUGGUGGACAGCAACGACAGGGACCGCGUGGCGGAGGCAAGGGAUGAGCUCCAUGCGAUGCUCAGCGAGGACGCUCUGAGGGACGCGGCACUGCUGGUGUUUGGCAACAAGCAGGACCUUCCCAAGGCGAUGAGCGCUGCUGAAAUCACCGACAGCCUCUCGCUGCACACGCUCAGGAGCAGAAACUGGUACAUUCAGAGCACCUGUGCUACGUCAGGGGAAGGGCUGUAUGAGGGCCUUGACUGGCUCGCCAAGAACAUCACACUCAAGGACUAG